GUAACUAUAGAGGAACCAGCUGUCCCUGUGUGUCGGUGGAGGACAGUCUGUGGCAUGACUGUAAGUUGUUGGACGUAAGUUGUUUGGCUUAAGUUUGAAGGCAGUCACAUUAGAAGUCUCCGCGCUGGAGCGCGCGCCUAUGUGACGGAGCCGUUACAUGGAGAUUGGUGCGCAAAGAUGCUGAUACUUCUCCCUUUACUGUCAGUUGUGUGCGCCGCACAGGACCACAGCAUUUUCGACGGAACGUGCCCCAGAAAAGACCCCCCAGCUGGUGUGCUGGUGUUAUCACCGGGCAGUAACUUGGUUCUCACUUGCAAAGGUCAUGUAAUGGUGGACGGAGUAAAGGUCAACAUUGAUAACAACUCAAGCAUCACUGGGAAAGAGAGUUCCUCAGUUGCAUCCACAGACGCUGGAAACGCGAUAAACAAUCACCAAAUUACAUACAGGUCUGAAAAAGAAGGAUUUCACACGAAUCCUGAGGCAGAAAAUACGAGUCACAGAUUCACGGAUACGGCACACACAGAUUCUCCCACCACUCACAUGGUCCAACCAACCAGUGCAGGCAGACUUCUGAAGAGCGAGUAUGACUGGGAGGUGGAUGAAGACGGGGAAUAUGAGGAGGACGAGGAGGAAGAUUUGGGUGAAGGGAGAACAAGAGUAACAAGAGGCAUAAAAUCAAAGCUUCAGUGGAAGUGGGACGGGAAGACAGUGGAGACAGGAGUGAGAAACCGGAGUGAAAUCACACUUGAGAGAAGAGGGGCUUCACUGUCUCUGUCGGCAGUGAGAGCGUCAGACACUGGGAGAUAUUCCUGUCAUCACAAAGGCAGAGAGAAGUUCUCCUUGAAGGUGUUAGUUUCAGACCCUCCUGAGCGGCCCACUCUGUCCUGCUACAAGAAAACACCAACCAGUAAGAUCCGCUGUGAGUGGAAGCCUCAGCUGCCUGUGAUCAAACAGAUGAGCGCUUACCUCAUACUGAAGAAAAGCCUGUCAGAGACGUUCCAUCAGUCGCGGUGCUCAUACUCAGGACAGCGCUCUCGUUUUUGGUGCGCUCUGGACCAGGACGAGGACGAGCUGCGAGUGCUGCACAUGGCCUACCUGUGUGUUUCCAGUAUCACAGGCCAAGUCGCCAGCCCCCUGCUGCCUUUCACACCGAUGGAAAUUGUAAAGCCAGACCCUCCGUCAGAUGUGACAGCCACACAGGAGGAAGGACAUGAGAUGAGGAUAAAGGUCGCCUGGAAUUUUCCAGCCUCCUGGAAGCUUCAGGACAGAUUUUAUCAUCUAAUCUAUGAGGUCAAAUACAGGCUGCUCGAGUCGUCAUUUACUGAUGGCCAGGUGAAAAGCAUUAAGCGUCUGCAUUCACACACCAUCACCGAUGCAAUUCCUGGUGUUCAGUACCUGAUCUGGCUCAGAACUAAGGAAGAGUAUGAAGGUCAGUGGAGUGACUGGACUCCACCGCUCAGUGCCAGCAGCUGGACAGCUCAAAAGAUCGGUGACGAGCUGAUGACCACGAUGUUCCCAGAAUCCAUGGAGGAAGGAUCUGCAACAGAAGACGACGUGUCUGAUGUUCCUGGACACGUCAUUAGGGGAGUGGAGGUGUCGCACCACGUCCUGUGGAUCUGUGGUUCAUUUCUUCUCUUGUCAGUCCUUUUGGCUGUCUACAUGUUCAGACACAAAGACAGACUCAUACAUAAACUCUGCUGUUUGAGUGCCAUCGUCCAGUCUGCUGACUCGCCUCAACCUGCAGCUUCCACCCAAUCUGCACCAGAGGGACGGGCCCUGGUGACCUUUACCCCACCGUUUCACAAAGAACCCCCGCCUACAGAAGCAGAAGAAGGGGAAGAAGAAAAUGAGGAAGAAGAAGAAGAAAUAGAGGAGAGAACAGGAGCUAUGCAUUUCAACAACACAGAACGACUGUCUUGGUUGAGAAAAGGAAACUGUACUUGGAGUCCUUAUGGUUCCUCGUGAACUGUUGGAAACCACCUCGGGGACAACUUGAAAAAUCUGCUUUCUCUAACUCUAUCUCAUCAUUCCCAGAGACUGGAAUUUUCAGGAUAUCCUGCAGCCUUUUUACUAAAGAUGUAUAUCUUGAAAUAGCAGUAAAAAAAGUGGGUCCCUGUAUAUAAAUGUAUGAAACACUGUCUAUCUAUUUCACACCUAAAAUACCUCUGAAAAUACUCUCUUGUUGAAGUAUUUUGUCUGAACUUCAGUCUCCUGUGCGUUCUUAUCGAAAAUGUGUUGAUAAACAACGACACUUGGAUGCAGCUGUGAAGUUCUGCCGUCUGCCUGCCUCGUAUACACUUAUGUCAUGAGUUAUAUCACUCACACUCUGCCCUAAGUUUGCAAAUAUUCUUCAUUAUGUUUAAUUUUUUAUACCCUACCAUGUAUAUUGUUUUACUCUCCUUUUUUUGCAUGUUGUUCUGUUGUUGUAUCUAUGAGGGGACCUUGAGUAGCCUGCAAAACUCAGGUAAAUAAUAAUAAUAAAAAAUAGUAAUAGAUUUCA